AUGCCUUUCAACGUUUAUUCCACCCAAACAAAUGGACGCCCCGACUGGGAGUUCUACAUUGAACUCAACUCAAUCAUUAAGAAAGAGAAGGCAGAGAGUACAGGUUGGACACAUUCCUUCCAGAGCGAUCGGAAAGAUGGGAAUCAAUACACAGCCCGACUCAACCGCACUCUUGUGUCCAAUCCUAGAGGAAAGAUAAUUGCGACUAUCGAGGAAGCAGAUUUGCCAAAAUUUCAUGAACUAUGCUUUGAAGCGAUUGGCCGAUUGCCGCAACAAAAACAUCCUGUGUACCGCGACGGUGACCAGCGCAUGAUGCCUGCGCUAUAG